AUGGAUGAGCAAAGCUAUUCAUGUCCAGAGUGUGGAAAAUGUUUCUUUCACAAAAGAGACUUUCUUUUACACCAGAAGAAUCACAGAGGUGAGCGACCUCAUUCAUGUUCAGAGUGCGGGAAAUCUUUCACUCAGAAAGGAGGCCUUGUUAAACACCAGACAAUUCACACAGGUGAGCGUCCUUAUUCAUGUGCAGAGUGCGGGAAAUCAUUCCCUCGGAAAGGAAACCUUGUUUUACACCAGAGAAUUCACACUGGUGAGCGUCCUUAUUCAUGUUCAGAGUGCGGGAAAUCUUUCACUGAUAAAGGAGUCCUUGUUAUACACCAGAGAAUUCACACGGGUGAGCGUCCUUAUUCAUGUUCAGAGUGCGGGAAAUCAUUCAUUGAUAAACGAGCCCUUGUUAUACACCAGACAAUUCACACAGGUGAGCGUCCUCAUUCAUGUUCUGAGUGCGGGAAAUCAUUCAUUCAUAAAGGAGACCUUGUUAUACACCAGAGAAUUCACACUGGUGAACGUUCUUAUUCAUGUUCAGAGUGCGGGAAAUCAUUCAUUCAUAAAGGACACCUUGUUAGUCACCAGAGAAGUCACACAGGUGAGCGUCCUUAUUCAUGUUCAGAGUGCGGGAAAUCAUUCAUUCAUAAAGGAGAUCUUGUUAGACACCAGAAAAUUCACACAGGUGAGCGACCUUAUUCAUGUUCAGAGUGCGGGAAAUCAUUCAUUCAGAAAGGAGAGCUUGUUAGGCACCAGAGAAUUCACACUGGUGAGCGUCCUUAUUCAUGUUCAGAGUGCGGGAAAUCUUUCCCUCGGAAAGGAAACCUUGUUCUACACCAGAGAAUUCACACUGGUGAACGUUCUUAUUCAUGUUCAGAGUGUGGGAAAUCAUUCAUUCAUAAAGGAAACCUUGUUAAACACCGGAGGACUCAUACAGGUGAGCGUCCUUAUUCAUGUUCAGAGUGCGGGAAAUCUUUCACUGAUAAAGGACACCUUGUUAUACAUCAGAAAAUUCACACGGGUGAGCGUCCUUAUUCAUGUUCAGAGUGCGGGAAAUCAUUCAUUGAUAAACGAGGCCUUGUUAUACACAAGAGAAUUCACACAGGUGAGCGACCUUAUUCAUGUUCAGAGUGCGGGAAAUCAUUCAUUCAUAAAGGAGCCCUUGUUGAACACCAGAGAAUUCACACAGGUGAGCGACCUUAUUCAUGUUCAGAGUGCGGGAAAUCUUUCAUUCAAAAAGGACACCUUGUUAUACACCAGAGAAUUCACACGGAUGAGCGACCUCAUUCAUGUUCAGAGUGCGGGAAAUCUUUCACUCAGAAAGGAGCCCUUAUUCAACAUCAGAGAAUUCACACUGGUGAGCGUCCUUAUGCAUGUUCAGAGUGCGGGAAAUCUUUCAUUCAGCAAGGAGCCCUUAUUCAACAUCAGAGAAUUCACACAGGUGAGCGUCCUUAUUCAUGUUCAGAGUGCGGGAAAUCAUUCAUUCAUAAAGUAAACCUUGUUGUACACCAGAGAUUUCACACUAGUGAGCGUCCUUAUUCAUGUUCAGAGUGUGGGAAAUCUUUCACUCAGAAAGGAGCCCUUAUUAAACAUCAGAGAAUUCACACAGGUGAGCGUCCUUAUUCAUGUUCAGUGUGCAGGAAAUCUUUCACUUAUAAAGUAGUACUUGUUAAACACCUGAGAACUCACACUGAUGAGCGUCCUUAUUCAUGUUCAGAGUGCGGGAAAUCUUUCGUUCAGCAAGGACACCUUGUUAUACACCAGAGAAUUCACACAGGUGAGCGUCCUUAUUCAUGUUCAGAGUGCAAGAAAUCUUUCAUUCAUAAAGGAGACCUUGUUAAACACCAGAAAAUUCACACGGGUGAGCGUCCUUAUUCCUGUUCAGAGUGCGGGAAAUCAUUCAUCAAUAAAAUAUACCUUGUUAUACACCAGAGAAUUCACACGGGUGAACAACCUUAUUCCUGUUCAGAGUGCGGGAAAUCAUUCAUCAAUAAAAUAUACCUUGUUAUACACCAGAGAAUUCACACGGGUGAACAACCUUAUUCCUGUUCAGAGUGCGGGAAAUCUUUCACUCGGAAAGCAACCCUUGUUAAACACCAGAGAAUUCACACUGAUGAGCGUCCUUAUUCAUGUUCAGAGUGUGGGAAAUCUUUCACUCGGAAAGCAACCCUUGUUAGACACCAGAGAAUUCACACUGGUGUGCGUCCUUAUUCAUGUUCAGAAUGCGGGAAAUCAUUUACUCGGAAAGGAGACCUUGUAAAACACCAUAAAAUUCACACAGGUGGGCGACCUCAUUCAUGUUCAGAGUGCGGGAAAUCAUUCAUUAAGAAAGGAGACCUUGUUAAACACCAGAGAAAUCACACUGAUGAGCGUCCUUAUUCAUGUUCGGAGUGCGGGAAAUCAUUCAUUCAGAAAGGAAACCUUGUUGUACACCAGAGAAUUCACACUGAUGAGCGUCCUUAUUCAUGUUCGGAGUGCGGGAAAUCAUUCAUUCAUAAAGGAGCCCUUGUUAAACAUCAGAGAUUACACACUGGUGAGCGUCCUUUUUCAUGUUCAGAGUGCGGGAAAUCUUUCACUUAUAAAGGAGCCCUUGUUGAACACCAGAGAAUUCACACAGGUGAGCAUCCUUAUUCAUGUUCGGAGUGCGGGAAAUCAUUCAUUUAUAAAGGAGCCCUUGUUAAACAUCAGAAAUUUCACACUGGUGAGCGUCCUUAUUCAUGUUCAGAGUGCGGGAAAUCUUUCACUUAUAAAGGAGCCCUUGUUAUACACCAGAGGAUUCACACUGAUGAGCAGUGCGGGAAAUCUUUCACUCACAAAAGAACCCUUGUUAUACACCAGAGAAUUCACACAGGUGAGCGUCCUUAUUUAUGUUCAGAGUGCGGGAAAUCUUUCACUGAUAAAAGAGCCCUUCAUAGACACAACAGAAUUCACACGGGUGAACGUCCAUAUUCAUGUUCAGACUGCGGGAAAUCAUUCACUUAUAAAGAUCACCUUGUUACACACCAGAGAAUUCACACAGGUGAGCGUCCCUAUUCAUGUUCAGAGUGCGGGAAAUCAUUCACUAAGAAAAGAACCCUUGUUAUACACCAGAGAAUUCACACAGGUGAGCAUUCUCAACGACCCUAUUCAUGUCCAGAGUGUGGAAAAUGUUUCAUUCGCAAAGAAAACUUUGUUAUACACCAGAGAAUUCACACAGGUGAGCUCCCUAUUUCAUGUUCAGAGUGCGGGAAAUCUUUCACUCACAAAAGAACCCUUGUUAUACACCAGAGAAUUCACACAGGUGAGCGUCCUUAUUUAUGUUCAGAGUGCGGGAAAUCUUUCACUGAUAAAAGAGCCCUUCAUAGACACAACAGAAUUCACACGGGUGAACGUCCAUAUUCAUGUUCAGACUGCGGGAAAUCAUUCACUUAUAAAGAUCACCUUGUUACACACCAGAGAAUUCACACAGGUGAGCGUCCUUAUUUAUGUUUAGCGUGCGGGAAAUCAUUCACCGACAAAGGAGCCCUUAAUAAACACACCAGAAUUCACACAGGUGAGCGUCCCUAUUCAUGUUCAGAGUGCGGGAAAUCAUUCACUAAGAAAAGAACCCUUGUUAUACACCAGAGAAUUCACACAGGUGAGCAUCUUUAUUCAUGUUCAGAGUGCGGGAAAUCAUUCACUCAGAAAGGAGCCUUUGUUAUACACCAGAGAAUUCACACGGGUGAGCGUCCUUAUUCAUGUUCAGAGUGCGGGAAAUCUUUCACUCGGAAAGGAACCCUUGUUAUACACCAGAGAAGUCACACGGGUGAGCAUCUUUAUUCAUGUUCAGAGUGCGGGAAAUCAUUCACUCAUAAAGGAACCCUUGUUGUACACCAGAGAAGUCAUUCAGGUGAGCGACCUUAUUCAUGUUCAGAGUGCGGGAAAUCAUUCAUUUAUAAAGGAGACCUUGUUAUACACCAGAGAAUUCACACGGGUGAGCAUCUUUAUUCAUGUUCAGAGUGCGGGAAAUCAUUCAUUAAGAAAGAAGCCCUUGUUAUACACCAGAGAAGUCACACAGGUGAGCGUCCUUAUUCGUGUUCACAGUGCGGGAAAUCUUUCACUCGGAAAGGAGACCUUGUUAGACACCAGAGAAGUCACAUGGGUGAACGUCCUUAUUCAUGUUCAGAGUGCGGGAAA